AUGCCAUCACACUCUCACACACGAAUGCUUCUUCGACUAGCCGUCGUCGCCCUCACACUCAGCCCAACAUUGGCAAAUCCGCUCAUUCCCAAGGAACUCGGCAUCGGUGGCUUGACAUUCAACUCGCUGUUCGGCAGAGGCAAUUGCGAGAACCCUUGUGGUUGGUCUGGACAAUUAUGCUGUACUGGAGGAGAGUCUUGUUAUACCGAUUCGAGCAACCAAGCACAAUGUGCAUCGACAACGGCUGCUGCAAAGACUGAGACGACGGGCUACUGGAAAUACUGGACCAGCUCUUGGGUGGAGACACAGACAGAGACGGACAUCAUCACCAAAUACAGCACUGGAAGUUCUUGGUGCGGUGAUGCUUCGACUACUGCUGUUGUAGGUGGCGGUGGUGUAGCCACUUCGGUUUGGGUCGCUCCUUCUACUGCCGCUGCAUCGCCGACUGCUGCUUCAGUCACCUGCAACUGGGACCAAGGUCAGUCCUCCUGCGGCACCAUAUGCUGUGCAAGCGAUCAAUACUGCCUCACCUCUGGACAAUGUGCCGCCGCCGCAGGAGCAGGCACAUCCCAAGUCAGCUCAAGAAGCUCAACCGGUAUUUCUCCCGCCAUCCUGCCAACAAGUAGCACUUUGGUAAUCGUUACAGCAACCUCGUCUCCCACCACCACUGUUCCCUUCCUCGCACCCGUUGCCACUGGUGCAAACAUCACCCUCACCGGAGCAGAAUCCAGCAACUCGCACGGUCUUUCUGGCGGCGCUAUUGCUGGCAUCGUGAUUGGUGUCAUCGCCGGCCUCAUCUUACUCUCCCUCCUUUGCCUCUUCUGCUGCGCGAGAACAAUCUGGGUUGCUCUCUUUGGCGGCCGCAAACGAAAACGUACUGAGCGCACCGAAGUUAUCGAAUCCCACCACCACAGGUCUUACAGCGGUGCCGGAGGAGCAGCAUACGCCGGUAGUCGGCCGGAUGACAGAAGAUGGUACGGCACAGAAGCUCCGCGCAGAGAAAAGGAACGCAGCAAGUUUACCGAGAUGUUGGGCAUCGGUGCUGGACUCGCUGCUCUGGCGGGCAUAUUAGGCAUGAAGAGAAAAAAUGAUCGUAGGAGGGAUGAGAAGAGUGAGUAUAGCAGUGCUUAUACGGACGGAACCUAUAGCGAUUACUAUACCAGCGAGAGUGAGUUUGCUUCUUGA